CUAGGCUGGAGUUUAGCUGUAAAGCGAGAAUAUUAUUUUUUUAUGCAUUCCUGACUUGUCUUUGUCAUAAUGACUACAUAAAUUUCAGAACAGUUUUGCCUUAAAAGUGGAAACGUCUAGACAGCGGUGUGAUUCUGCCUCUGCUACUUUUCAUCCCCUGCUCUUUUUCUAAGCAUUUGGAUGACGCAACAGUGUCUGCAGAAGACUGUAAUUCGCAAUGGUUGCAGGCUUCGAGAAAGCAUGCCAUCGAUGCAUCUCCAAAAUUGCCAGCAAUGCUUGCUUCAUUUUUGGACUCCUUGCUUUCCUAGCAUUACCGCUGUCUAUGGCUUUUACAGGAAUGAAGUUUUUAGACGACUGUCCAGUCCAGCCGCAAAUCCCCUUAUAUCUGCUUGUGGGUGGUGUGGUUGGCAGUUUGAAGGUCGGUCUUCUGCUCUUUGACUCCACCCGGAUGAGGCAGCUGCUUACCAAAUCGGUUAUGAUUGAUGAUGACGAUGACGACGAAUAUCCCUGGAGACAGAAUGCUCACAAAUAUUACAUACACCUCACCCUCAGCCUCUUCCUCUUCCUCUGGUUCAUCCUGGGGAACUACUGGGUGUUUUCCGUCUACCUGCCUAAUUUCAUCCCACCUUUCCAUCACCCUCAGGAUUACUGUGAUAAAAUCCUGUACAUUUUUGCAGUUGGGGUGCUUGUCGUGAGCCACACAGUUCUGGCUUUGCUGAUCUUCUGCAGCUGCUGUGUUUAUUGCUGCUCCAGGCAACGAUAUGCUACAGAGGAGGACUGAAAAGUGGGGGGGGGGACCACAGAAAAUGAGCCAUGGGGCUAUUGGAAAAGCAAUAGGGAAUAGAAAGAGGCAAUUCUGGUAUUCGUUGGUCAUGCUCACCCUCCCUGCACACAUAGUGCAUAUGACUUGCAAACUCCAUGGAGUGAGGUCUGUUUUACAUGGUUACUUUUUUCUCUCCUAUGGAAAUAAAUGUGGACGAUAGAUAAAGUCUGUCUAUUUGAAAGGUACUAAAAAGGGUAUUUUUUGCUCUGGCACAUACCAAGGAAAGCAUCAACUUCCCAGUGCAUGUCCUGGAAGUGAGAUGUUUGCACUGCCACAACAUGCCUUUUUUAAAAAAAAUGCUUUCUCAAACAUAUUUACUGAUUUCAGUAGUAGAAAUGAUGGGACGUGGGGCAGAGGUGAGAAUGAGGGUAGUGAUGGCACACAAGUAAAUUACUAUUCUCCCCAGCCCCCAUAGAAAAUGCAGGUAUGAUGUAGUUACCGGUAAAUUGUGACAGGAAGUCUGAAAGCUGCUCCAGAUUGUCUGCCUAUUGAGUAUUCACGUUGAUUUGCUUGUACAAAGGUUAGGUGGUGUUUGGUCUUUAUUGAGCGUUUGUUCCUAUUUGUUUGUGGAGAGGAUAUAUGACAAUGAGUAUACAGCUUUCCAUUAAUUAUUUAUAUCACACUUUUUAGAGCAUUUCCACAUCAUUUUCUUUUUUCCAAGUGGGUUUGUAGCAGCAGAACACUGCACAAACCUGCAUUUUGGCUAUGUGAUUAAAUUCCAGUUCUUU